AUGUCGACAAUUGCCACUAGUUCCGGAGAGUCCUCCAACUCCGGGUUGUCGCUAAUUGCUGCCCACUCGCACAUCACCGGGCUUGGUCUUGAUGACCAUCUUCAACCGAAGGAACUGGCACAAGGGAUGGUGGGUCAGCUCAAGGCCAGAAAAGCCGCCGGCGUCAUUUUGAAGAUGGUGCAACAGGGCAAAAUUGCCGGGCGGGCAGUGCUUAUGGCGGGGCCUCCUCUGACUGGUAAGACUGCCAUUGCCAUGGGUCUCUCGCAAAGCUUGGGGUCCGAUGUUCCCUUCACCCUGAUCGCUGGUUCGGAAAUCUACUCCAACGAAUUACUGAAGACUGAGGCGCUUACCCAAGCCUUCCGCAAACUGAUUGGUAUCAAAAUCAAGGAGGAGACUGAGUUGAUUGAAGGUGAAGUUGUCGAAAUCCAAAUUGACCGCUCGUUGACUGGUGGUCACAAGCAGGGGAAGUUGACCAUCAAAACCACUGACAUGGAAACCAUCUACGAACUUGGUAACAAGAUGAUCGAAGGCUUGACCAAAGAAAAGGUGUUGGCUGGUGACGUCAUCUCUAUCAACAAAUCGCUGGGUAAGAUCACAAAGUUGGGUAAGUCGUUUGCUCGUGCCCGUGACUACGACGCCAUGGGUCCUGACACCAAGUUUGUUCAAUGUCCCGAAGGCGAAUUGCAAAAGCGGAAGGAAGUAGUGCACACUGUGUCGUUACACGAAAUCGACGUCAUCAACUCGAGACAGCAGGGAUUUUUGGCGCUAUUCUCGGGUGACACCGGUGAAAUCAGACUGGAAGUUCGUGACCAGAUUAAUACUAAGGUUGCCGAAUGGAAGGAAGAAGGCAAGGCAGAGAUCGUUCCUGGGGUGUUAUUUAUAGAUGAAGUGCACAUGUUGGACAUCGAAUGUUUCUCGUUCAUCAACAGAGCACUUGAAGAUGACUUUGCUCCUAUUGUCAUUAUGGCAACCAACCGUGGGGUGUCUCAAACUCGGGGUACGAACUACAAAUCGCCCCACGGAUUACCAAUGGACUUGUUGGACCGGGUAAUCAUUAUCCACACUCAACCUUAUUCUGGUGAUGAAAUCCGGACUAUUUUGUCGAUUCGUGCUAGCGAAGAGGAAGUGGAGUUGAGUGGCGAUGCUUUGGCUCUUUUAACCAAGAUCGGCCAGGAAACCAGCUUACGAUAUGCUGCUAACUUGAUUUCGGUGUCGCAACAAAUAGCUUUGAAGCGCAGAUCGAACGAAGUCGACUUGGCUGACGUGAAGCGGGCUUACUCUUUGUUCUACGACGCUGAUCGUCUGUGCAAGUAUUUGGAAGAAUACCUGGCACAAAUGAUUAAUGACCAAGGCCAAGUGACUUUUGGCACCGACGGCGACAAAAUGGAAACUGAUUAA